AUGAAACACGCCCAAGCCACACGCCCAAGCAACACGCCCAUGAAACACGCCCAAGCCACACGCCAAAGUCACACGCCCAAGCCACACGCCCAAGCCACACGCCCAAGCCACACGCCCAAGCCACACGCCCAAGCCUCACGCCCAAGCCACACGCCCAAGCCAGACGCCCAUGAAACACGCCCAAGCCACACGCCAAAGCCACACGCCCAAGCCACACGCCCAAGCCAGACGCCCAUGAAACACGCCCAAGCCACACGCCCAAGCCAGACGCCCAUGAAACACGCCCAAGCCACACGCCAAAGCCACACGCCCAAGCCAGACGCCCAUGAAACACGCCCAAGCCAGACGCCCAAGCCACACGCCCAAGCCACACGCCCAAGCCACACGCCCAAGCCACACGCCAAAGCCACACGCCAAAGCCAGACCUUCGGCGACGCGGCGGCGCUGACGGACGCGGCCUCCGACGGUGCCGGUCCCGCGCCAAAAGGAAAACCAAUGUUACGCACCCUCUGUUAUAUCUAUACGGAAUCUUUCAUUAAUGAAUAA